ACCUAAAAUGCUUUGGAUUGUCCUGUUCUUCACGCCCUUUGAGUUGACCCUUAUGCGAGGAGGCUAUUGCUGUACAUCAAUAAUUAAUUAAAAUAGGAAAAAAAAAUCCAAAAGCAAAAAUGCAAAAUAAGAGAGAAAGAGAGAGAGUUAGUAGAAUGGAAUAGAAGAGAAGAAAAUGGAGGGACGACAAAUGCCAUGCAGAGAAGAGAAGAAGGGAGAGGAAAGGCAGCUUCGGAGAAGUCUAUACACCCACGCCACCCCAGCACUCAACCUUUGACUCUCUCUCUCUCUCUCUCUCUCUCUCAUCUUCUGCUCGUUGACCACUCCCCACUUCUCCAUUAUUAUUCCAAAUAAAAAAAACUUCCCUUUCUCUCUCUCUCUCUCUCUGAUUUUCAGUUUCCACUUUAAACUCUCUUCUCCGGGAUCGGAGUUUUCCUUCUCCUUUCUUUUUCUAUUUUCCUUUCUCGCCAACCAAACAAAGUUUCGAUUUUUUCGCCAAAACUGAUCAGGAGAGAAGCCCUAGCCAAAGGUAAUAAGGUUUCGCUUUUGUAAAUACUCGUGGUGAUGGCUGUGAGGGCCUCAACCGCCGCGCAGAAAGCCGCCGCCGAGGCUGCGAUUCAGGCGAUAGGGUUGGGGUACGACCUCACCGUUGACUUGCGCCUCAAGUAUUGUAAGAGGUCCUCCGUCGCCGGCGCCGACCACCGUCUCAUCGCCGUCGACGAAGAUGUCCUCAGAGAAAUAGCGAUUCCCGGUGGAAUCUGUAUUCAGAAUGUUCCCAAAUCCAUCAAGUGCGAUAAAGGCGAGCGCAUGAGGUUUGGCUCUGAUGUUCUCUCUUUUCAACAGAUGUCGGAACUAUUUAACCAGGAGGUAUCGCUGUCCGGGAAAAUCCCAACGGGCCAUUUCAACACCGCUUUUGAGUUCACAGGAGGUUGGCAGAAAGAUGCUGCCAACACCAAAGCCCUUGCCUUUGAUGGAGUUUCCUUCACGCUCUAUAAUAUUGCUCUCGAAAAAUCCCAGGUGGUAUUGCGUGGUCAUGUCAAACAAGCUGUGCCAUCUUCCUGGGAUCCAGCUGCAUUGGCAAGGUUCAUUGAAAGGUAUGGUACUCAUGUUAUUGUUGGCGUAAAAAUGGGAGGAAAAGAUACUAUUUAUGUGAAGCAGCAUCAUUCAUCACCUCUGCAGCCUGCUGAUCUACAAAAGAAGUUAAAGGAGAUGGCAGAUAAAAUGUUUGCUGAUAGGAGUUCUGAGAAAUCCAACACGAGGAACAAGUUCACUAAGGAGCACAGCCUAACUAUCAUGGACAGGAUUCCAUCGAGUUCAUACUCUAAUACAGAGUUGCAGGAUACAAAAUUUAUCUGCAAGAGAAAAGGUGGAAGCUUACAUAAAAAUCUAUCCCACGACAAUUGGUGUCAAACUGUGUACUUUGAACCUGAUGUAAUCUCCAUGUCAUUGAUCCCGAUUUCUUCAUUACUGAGUGGCAUUAAUGGGAGUGGGUUUUUAAGCCACGCUAUUAAUCUCUACCUUAGAUAUAAACCACCAAUUGAAGAACUGCAUCAAUUUUUGGACUUCCAACUUCCAACGCAGUGGGCACCGGUAUUUGGUGAGCUUGCCCUUGGUCCUCAGAAGAAGCCACAAGGUGGUGCAGCUUUGCAGUUUAGCUUAAUGGGUCCAAAGCUCCAUGUUAAUACAAUUCCGGUUGAUGUGGGCAAGAAGCCAGUGACUGGUCUCCGACUGUAUCUGGAGGGAAAAAGAAGCAAUUGCUUAGCAAUCCACUUGCAGCAUCUCUCAUCCCUGCCAAAUUCCUUCCAACUCCAGGAUGAAGUAAAUGGGAAUGUUUCUCAUCGCUCCUCUGACCGCAGGUAUUAUGAAAAGGUUCAGUGGAAGAGCUUCUCUCAUGUCUGCACGGCUCCAGUUGAGGCUAACGAUGAGCUCUCUGUUGUCACUGCGGCUCACUUUGAAGUCGGAGACUCCGGUAUGAAGAAAGUUCUUUUCUUGAGACUCCAUUUCUCUAAAGUUGUUGGCGCAUCUACUGUGAGACAGCCUGAGUGGGAUGGUUCCCCUGGAUUGGCCCAGAAAUCUGGAAUCGUCUCAACACUAUUCAGCGCUCCUUUCUCAACAGCUCAAAAACCUCCUCCAAAGCCUUCUGAUGUGAACAUAAAUUCUGCUGUUUACCCUGGAGGCCCUCCGGUUCCAACACAGACAACUAAACUUCUGAGGUUUGUUGACACCAGAGAAAUGACAAGAGGACCACAGGACUCACCUGGUUAUUGGGCCGUUUCUGGGGCAAGACUUGUUGUUGACAGUGGCAAGAUAUCUCUUCGCGUUAAGUAUUCGCUUCUGACCAUGAUCUUAACGGAUGAAGAGGUGUCGGAAGAGUUCUGAGGGCACUGAUUAUUGAAAGGGGAAGAGGAUGUUUCUUGUAAAUUCGUUGAGUUGCUUGUAUAUAAAUUUUCUACAUGUCUCCUUAUAUUAAUGUUUCUUUGUAUCUCUUGUAGAUACUACUUUUGGUGAUAAUAUUUGAAUAUUUAUUUUAGCAUAGUUAUUUUGUAAGAGUUUCAGUUAGUUGUUAAGAAUACAAUUUGUGCAAGAGUCGAAUUUAAGAGGGUGUUUUAUGUGUU